CCUUGUUCGAUCUCCAAAUCCACCGGCUUUUGCCCCAGCUGAAACCAAAGCUUUCCCUUUUUCUCCAUUGCUACUCUCCAAUUUUCCUGGGAACCAAUCAGAAUCUGAAAUGCCCAAAUCUUCACUCCGAAACCCUAAAGUCUCCCAAAUGAAUUUCAGUUAACGUCGCCACUGAAAUUCGGAGCUAAAUUGUCUCCGUAGAAGAGGAUGGUUGGGGUCAAUGGCGGGGAGCCUGGUGGGGAGCCUCAGAGGUUCCAUAUGGUGCAACCGCAAAGGGAUUUGGAAGCCAACUGGGAAGUCGAUCUUGCGAAAAAGCUUGAAGAUUAUCUCUUGAAGAUUUGUUCGGGAGAAAUUACUGGUUCCACUGAAGAUGAAAGUCACAGCCCUGUGAAUUUCGCUGAAGCUGCUUUGCUGCUUCAGGGCUCAGUUCAGGUCUAUAGCCGGAAAGUUGAGUAUCUUUACAACUUGGUUUUGCAUGCUUUGGAGUUUCUCUCUCAGAGACAACAGGAUCAAUCAGAAGGCACGUCAGAACAGCCUGAACAAAGUGCUUCCCAUGCUGUUUCUGAUGAAGAAAGUGAUAACUUUUGGGUCUCAGAUGACGUCCCAGUGGAAGCAAGAAAUUGUUUAGAUAGUUCAGUAAACAAGGAGACUUUGUUGAAUCACUUUGUGAAGCCCCCUGCAAAUCUAGUUGUGCUUGAAGGAGAUUGCUUAGAUACUGCUGGUGAUGGAAAUGAAUUAGAGUCCUAUCUGUUAGCAACAAAUGAUCUCUACCAAGAUUUUAUUUUAUUAGAUCCAUGUGAUGCAGUAGGGGUUGAUGAUUAUCUAAAGGGUGAUGGGGUUGAUAAAGGACAAUGCAGAGCAUACAGAGGUAGUCCAACUCGCAAGACCUUCCUGUCUCCCACAAGACGUUCAGGAGGAACUGCUCAUAGGUCACCUCUUGGAAAGAAUCAAGAUGCUAAUGUUAAUCAAUCUCCGAUGCUUGACCAUGGUUUUGAAGCAAAUGACUGCAACAUGGGGCCUGAUCCUGCUGGCAGUGAUAAUUAUGAAGAUAUAAAUCAUGGAUUUGACAUGGAUGAUAGACAUUCAGAACCUGAAGACUUAGAUGGUUCGGAUGAUGAUGAUGAUCCAUGGAAGCCUUUGAACCCUCACGAACAGGGGAACUUGAAAGUGAAGCCUUUCAGAAAAGUAAAAGCAUUCAGAAGGAAUGGUUUAGAAUCGAAAAAGUCAACCUCAAUAGCUACCAUUUUCCCACUUGCUAGAUUGCAUGGUACUGUUAGUCCAGAACUCACAGAAAUUUGGGAGUCACGACAGAAAACACUUAAUAGCCAAAGGGGGUCUCAAUCUCCUCCAUUAUAUGAAAAGCUCCGGCAGUCACUAACAGAUCAAGGAAAUGGAGCUUGUAACGAUUUUACUCUGAAGGAUGACAAUGGGGAUAAUGGAUCUGAGGGUGGGUUCCCUGAUUUUGAUCCACAUGAAUUUGAUUUGCCAGAGAGCAUGAAUAUGGAGGAAGGUGCCGCUUUUCACCAUGACAAGCAUAACGAUGGUGCAGCUCACUUUGGAACUGAUGAAGCAUUUGACCAUGGGGAUCCCAGUUCUCAAGAAACCCUGGAAGAUCUCUGUCGCUCUCACCUUGAUGCUCUUCUUGCAAGCAUAGCCGAGAAUGAGAAGCAGACUGAACUGGCUGCUCGAGUUUCAUCUUGGAAACAGAAAAUUGAACAGAACUUGGAAGAGCAGGAGUCGCAUCCUCCAUUUGAUAUUCAUGAGUAUGGUGAAAAAAUUAUAGACAAACUGUCACUUGAACCUGAAAAUGGAAAUAUUAUGUCAUUCUCUGAUGUUGUGAAGGGCCAAGAAAAGCAUGAUGUCGCUCGAACCUUUUCUGCACUUCUACAAUUGGUGAACAAUGGAGAUGUUGACUUGGAUAGAAGUGGAGCUCAAAGUGAGUCUGUCUGUUACACAUCCGUGAAUACUUUCCAUAUACGGCUCGUCAAACAUGACAGGAGAAGGGUUAAAACUCCAUUUCAACUAUCCAAAAGGAGAGGUAAAUCACCCAUGACAAAAGAAUCAAGAAAACAUGACAGGGAUAAAUCAUCAAGUCAGAAAUCUCCAGUCAUCAAUUCAGCUUCAGAAUAUGGAUCAACAAUAAACUCAUCACAACCUAAUUGCAAAGUUUCAGCCAGGCUAGGCAGUAUUGGUGGCAUAAGAUGUACUCCUGAUGGCAAGAGGAGACGAAGGUCAAGAAUUUUGCAACCUCUGGACUGACACAAACAAGCUGAAUAGCUCAGAUUAUUGUAAGGCUAGGUAACUGACAUUGUUUUAACUGAAAACUGUGUUAUCUAGUAUAACAUAUUGUCACAGAAAUCACUUACCUAUCAAAAGCCAUUUUGUAAUAACAUGUAAUUUUUCCC